AAGAAAAGACAAAAACAUUAUCAUUACACAAUGCAAAAACCAUGACAAAAUGUUACAAUCAAAAUCAUACUAUUGACAAUUUUGAUACUACCUCCGAAAUGCUUAAAUCUGAUAACCAAAUAAUAGAAGGUUUAAUUCAAGAGAUAACCUCUAAUCAAACACAAAGUAUUGUUCUUCCUGAAAUUAAUACAAAUAAUGGUAAAAUAGAAAUUA